UACCAAUUUGGUAAGAGAAAUUCAAACUAAAUAGUAAGUACUUUCACCGUGAAGCUUAUACGAGUAGUAAACGACAUAUAAGAAGUGAUGGUAGGAAAUAUUUUGUAUACUUUUUUACUAUAUUUCCACGGACAUCUGGGUAAUACGCUCUUCAUCCCACGUCAAGAACCAUGCAGAUUGCAGGAAUAUCGGUAAGUGUAUCUAUAUCUUUAUAUAUAUUUUAUACGUAUUAUUAUAGAAUAUUCAUACAGGUUGCUGUACAAUUAUACCUAUAAUAUUAUUAAAAAAAAAAAAAAGAGUUAAUACUAAAGACAGAUGUGCUUCAGGUGUAGGUGGGAAGUUAAGAAGGUGAGAAACAUUAAAUUAUUUAAUUUAUAUCUGUAAGCUGGUAAACCGUUGCUAAUGAAAAACGAUUCUGAGCGAAGUUCGUUUAUACUAUUUUUUUACUACUAUAAGGACAAUUUAUAAUGAACCUCGUGUUAAAUUUUGAAGCAGUUUUAUUUGGUCAAAUAAUUAUACCCACAUAAACACAUUAUACCUACCAAAUAAAAACUAAGUAAAAAACCCGCAAACAUAAAAUAUCUAUAAGCUGCUCAAAAUCGUCAAAAGAUUUUGAAAAUUGAAAGCCUAACAUCUAAAAAAGACGAAUAUAAAUUUUCUGUCUAAAUUUCAAGUCUUCAUGAAUAUUAACAACUAAAUUACAAAAAACAAAAUUUAAAAAAAUAAAACCAUUAUUUCUGUUAACUUUCACUCCCUUUAUAUGCUGUUUCCCGGUUUUGCUCAAUUAUUAAAUAUACAUAAAAAAAAUCAAAAAACGACUUUCUUCUUCUUAUCAGCUUACCGGUCCAUUUAGGACCAUUGCUGCCUUCAACAGGCCUCUUUACCUCUCUCUAUUGUAAGUCGACGCAUAUGUCACAUUCUGGUCUAUAGGUUAUAUAGACCUUUAGAUCUUUGGCAACUAUAUCGAUCCAUCGGGUCACAAAACGGGUCUCUUGUUGUUUUUAAAUUGACGCAAUAUUUCUCAUAGAAAACAUAAUGCGUCAAUAUUUGUUUACAGACAGAAAAAACAAUUACAAAUAAAACCAACAGAUCUCUCUCUGCGCAUCGAAUCUAAAAUGUUUCCUAUUUCAUUGGGUACUAAAAUGUAAUAUUUGUUGGAUAGGCUAAUGUUGUAAGUGAGAAGUUGGAAAGGUAAGAUAUAAAAGGGAUAUAUAUAUAUAUAUGUAUAUCUGUAUAUCGCAAAGAUUAACUGUCGCUAACGAAAAAACAAUUCUGAGUGAAAGGUUAGAUUAAACCUAUGUUAAAAAUUCCAUGAAUAUAUGGUGUAUUACUUUAAAUAAAUGUUGGUGUCAACAUUUUUGAUUUCCAUCAACCCGUUAACGAGAUAUUCCAUUUUUAAAUUUAGGUAGUGGGAGAGUGGUGGAAUAUCAUUUGUAUGGUGGCACGGCGUGCGGCGUUUUAUUAGUACACCACUAGUCCACUACUCUCACACACUAUAUAAUUACUACUCCCCAAAAUUUAUUUAAAGUUAUACUCUAUAUAUUUAUGUAACUUUUAAUAUAAGUUCUCAUUUAAAAAACCAAAGUUGGUAUCAUCACAUGAUAAUCUCUUAAUGUUAUAGAAAAUCUAAGUACUUGAAAAUAGGUACAUAAAAUAAGAUAUUUAGAUAAAAAAAAUCAAAUUAAAAAAAAAAUCUCAUUGUGAAACCAUGACAUUUCUCGCUCCGCUCAGAAUCUAAAAUAUCUUAAAUUUGUAAUUUAAUGCAAUAUUUUAUGAAAACAAUAAUAAUAUACUACCUAGGUAUAUGCAUUAUGUAGGGCUAUAAUGAAAUCCAUCGAUACUGCCUUUUUAAAAAAGAAUGCCGUAAGUUUUCUUCAUGUCAUUUUGAGAAAAUUAAUUUGUAUAUUUAGUAGUUUUUGGUGGUUUUAUUUUCAUAAAUAUAAUAUUUUUCUAAUAUUUUUUUUUUUUUGUAAUGUACAGUUAAAUCAUAAUAGAUUAUGGUAUAUAUCAUACACUAUCAAUAUUUUAAAUAUUCACUACCUGUGUAAAAAAUAGGCAUUAUAGUAUAUUCAUGGUAAUUCAUUUAAUAUAUAACACUCAAUAUUUCGUAAAGUAUAAAUUUUUUUUUAAACAAACUUUAAAAACAAGUAGCUCUAAAAUGUUACGCAUUACCAUUAUUUUCUGUCAACCUUAUUUUCGGGGGAUGAAACAACUACCUAUGUUUAAUUUUUAAAAUCUACUAUAAACUAUACUAAAAAUUCCAUAAACAGAGUAUUAGUUAGAGUAAUUAGUUUAAAUACACUUUGAUGUUGACAUUUUUGAUUAAAGUAGAUUAGUGAAGCAUUAUCUGUAUGGCAGCGUUAUGUGUGAUCAAAUAAUUUUAAAAAUUCAAUAAAUAGCGAAUUAAUGAAUGUUUUACAUUAAAUAAAUCAGCCGAUAUACACAAACAUAGUAUAUCUAUACUGCAAUUCUAAUUUUAAGCACGGAACGUAUUGGCUUUAUAAUGAUGUUUAUUUAUUUUUUUUUUUUUAUCUGUGAACAGCUUUUCUCCCAACAAUUUUUCUCAGAUUUUCAAGUAUAGAAUUUUUUUUAAAUGGGAAUCUGACUGAGGUGGUAUUUUAAGAAGGCCAUUUUUUGAUUUUCCCACGAAUUUUCAUAAUAAAUGAGAAAAACGAGGUAAAAACUGAAAAAUUUACGAAAUGUAUUGUUUUCAAAUCGUAAAUAAUAUCGGCCUUUCAAAACAUGUACAACAUAACUCCACUCAGAAUUAUUUUUCGUUGGCAAUCAUUAAUCAUUGCGUACAGAUAUUUAUUAAAGUUCUCCUUUACCUUUCUAUCUUCUCACCAACAACAGUGGCCCACCCGUCGUGAAAAGUAUAUCAGUCUUUUUUUAAAUUAUUAUAAGGUUAUUACCUCAAAUUUGACUUGGGUAUUCAGUUUCAAAUUCAUGAUUAAGUUUAAAAAUCAUAAUUUUAAUAAUCAUUAUUAAAUAUAUUAAUAUACUUAAAUUUUAAAGUAAUAUUAUAAUUAAUUAUAUAAUAAGUAAUUAUAUUGUUAUUUAUUAACAAAUUUGCAGGAAUGUUUUGUUAUGUACUUAAUCUAAAAUUAUUUCGCAGACAUUAAUGGUGGCGACGGUGGCAGUGAUCGUUGGAUUACAGAUUUUGUCCCGGACGUCGGAAGCGUCUGCGGCUGAGGGACUCACCCCGUUCAGGUUCCUCAUGGCUCGGGCGUACGGCGAGUCGGACGAUCACACGGUCAUGCGUUUUAUAAGAUUCAAACCCAGCGAUGGAGCCAAGUUCCGAGAAACGUUUGAAAAGAAGCACGGACCCCGAGGACGGGACCUGAUUGAAAGUCUUGGUCAAGGUUCAUACAACAAAAAGGCGGUGACCACAAAGCCCAAAGAUCUGCCGGACGUUGGAAUCCCAGUGAGUUCAUGUAUCAUCAUCAAUAUGUUUUAUCAAUUAUAAUUUAGUGAACAGGUGACAAGAUAUAAAAAAGUGAUUUCAAAUAAAUGUAUUUAUGAAAUGGUUGUUACUUAUAUCAGAAUAAAUUAAAAUACUUGUGUAUUGUGGUCAGUUCAGUACCGACCACGGUAAGGUCCUCUAACCUAACCGGACAACACAUAUGUUUGUUCCCUCCGUAUCACCAUUUUUCUUAUUUUCUUUCUUAUUCGUGAAUUAAAUUGUUUGUUUUACUUAUUAUGGUCAAAAUGUAUUAUGGUUUUAAAUAUUAACUGUUUUAUCUACGAAUCUAAAUUUAAUAAUCAGGGUAAUCCACUCAAAUUCGAUAGUUGCUCCAAGCUUAUCCAUAAUAAUUGUUGUGGUUUAUCGUCUAGGGAAAUCAAAUUUUUCGCUAUGAAAAACCGUAAGUUAAAAUAUUCUUGUGAUUUGUGCGGUAAUUAAGUAAGUGAUUUACCAGAUUUGAAAAAACUAAUCAGUUUGUUGGUGAAAGUUGAAAAUCUUAAAAAUAUUUCGAAUACGUCACUGAAUUCGUAAUCACUAAAUGAACGAAUGUAAUAUGAUAUUAAAUUUUUAUUUUAUAAUAUUCCGGAAAGUACGUCCAACAAUUUUGAAGAUAGAAUAUCUCACGAUAAGGAAGAAAUAAAUAAUAUCAUUAAUGCUACAUCGUCCGAUAACAAAAUGCUCUUGAAGUAAUUCGUCUUGGAAAGUCUUAUCAAUUUGAUAAACACCGUUCAAUUAAGGCAAUGUUCUCCUCAGCUGGUGACGCCUUUGAUAUAUUGAAAAGCUAAAAACUACUAUUAUUUCGCUUCCCGACUUUAAAAAUUAAUAUUGGUAUCAGUUCUGAUAGGACACUGUUUCAACGUGAACAAAUGAAGAUAUUACGCGAUCAAUUAGCAGUGCGUCAAAUGAGUAGUAAAAAAUAUCUUACAAUCAAAUUAAUUAAAGGCUUACCUUGUGUAGUUAUGCUUGAUAAAGUUGUUAAUAAUCGUCAACAUUUUUAAGUUUUCAUGCUACUUACUAAAAUGUUAAAGGUCUUUUGACCAUAUUGUUUUUUUUUUUCGUAAUUAUACAAGUGUAAUUUAUUGUGAUAUUUUACUCCUGACCGAAACAUGGCUGAAUAGUAAAAUAAAUGACUCUUGAGUUAGGCCUAAAUAUUUUCAUAUUUUUCGUAUGGACAGAUUAAAUGAGUUAGAAACUUGGGGCAAUAGCAUUUUAAUUGGUGUACAAUUUGGAAUAAAGUGUGAACAAAUUCAUGCACCUAUUAUUGGAAUAGAACAAGUAUUUAUAAAAAUAUUUUUAAAUCUCUAAAAGUUUUCAUGGUGUGUAUAUAUACUCCAGCUUCUGUAAGUAGACAUUUAUUAUGAAAAUUGUGAACUAAUAAAUAAUAUUAUUUCGAAUAACCCUGACUACAAAAUAAUUGGAGAUUUUAACUAAAUUUUUUGUUUUAUACUUUGUACAAAUAAUCUACCAGAAAUCUUGUUCAGAUAUUCGCGUGGCACCAUUUCUGAAAGGGAAUGUUGUCCAGAUGUUACUUUUGGGAAAUCAUUUUUUAAUUUCCAAGCAGUUAUCAUAAUAUCUGGGAAAAAUCAGGAUAAAACCUAAGAAAAACGAGAAAUUUAUGAAAAUACCAGCAAUUUCACUCUGAUUUAAAAUGAUAGCACUUUUUCUGAACAGAAAUCUGACUGGGAAGGUACUUUAGAGUGGUAAUUUUUCAAUUUUCCCAAGAGUUUUGGGAAACAUUUCCUAGCAAAUGUAGAAAACCGGGAAAAUCGGUACAAUAUUAAACAAAUAUUAUUAAAGAAAAUAAACAAUGCCUAUUUAAUUAUUUUUUCCAUAAUAUGACAUAUAUAGUGUUGACAAAGCAUCACUUUUUUCGUAAGCAAUGUUUUAUCGUUACUUACAGAUAUACAUUAAAUUACCCAUAACAGUGGCUGCACCCGUCUCCAUUAUCCUAAGAACUCUUUAACUCUUUUUUUAUAUUUGAACUAAUUUAAAAUAUUGAUUGACUUACUCAGCUUUGUCACUUUUAUUAAUCCUACUUAAAAAUGUGUACAUCGAGAAUUCCAAAAUCGGUGUACUAUAUUAUAAUAAUAUAAAUACGUUGUUUCUAUUUGUUAUAGAAUGUUGCAGACGGAACUCCCAGCGAUAAAUCUGUAUCAAUCAAAAAACCUAUAUUAUGAAAUCAAAAUUUAAUACUUAAUGAUGUCAAACGAUAGCUUAGUGAUUUAUAAGUUAAUUUGUCUAUUAAUUAUUUAUUUAAUUGAUUAAUUAUUGUUAACGCAAAUUAUAUAUAGUAAGAUAAUAUUUUCUAAAUAAGUGUGCGUAUCAACAGUACUUAUGU